AUGAGUACAGAUAUGUGUUUAAUGUCGAUUCGUGUCAGUAAAAACAAUCGAGAAAUUGAUUCGACAGAAGAUAAAAGACACGGUAUUUUACAAAAUAAGCAUAUUGCUCAUUGGCAAUCUGAUCGUCCUCGAUCACAUCCAGUCAAUAUACAAUUUAAAGAAAAAAUCAAAAUAAAAGAUCUAUGUAUUUUUUCGGAUUUUAAAGUUGAUGAAAGUUAUACACCUCAAAAAAUCUUAAUUCGAACUGGUAUUAAUCAUAAUAAUUUAGUUGAAUUAAGAUAUUUUAAAAUUCAUGAACCAACUGGAUGGGUGAUUGUUCCAACUCGUGAUGCACGUUCAAAUCCAAUAAGAACAUGGAUGAUUCAAAUAGCAGUAUUAGCUAAUCAUCAAAGUGGUCGUGCAUAG